UCCUUCACAUAUAUGUGCACGUCAUGCAUCUUUUCCUCUCUUUGGUCGAUCGAUUUGCAUAGUAUAUAUAUACGGUUCGCCUUUUGCACGACACAUGAAUACAUGGUAUUGGAAGAAAUGGCGCAAAUUAAAGUGGUACGUACUGUUGCUCCCUGUCCCUGGGGCAUUUGAGAGCGGAUGAACGAGAACGAUGUGUGCGUUUCUACUAUUCUGCAGCCUGCCCCUCUGCACAGGCGCGUCCACGUGGCCGCGCCUCAUCAUCAUGCAUCCCGCUGACGGCUGAACUGCCUCCUCCGCUCCGCAGCAAGUGUCGAAGCGUGGGCUCGUGCGCGUGCAUCCGCUUGUCCCUUGCCGGCUCCCCCGCUCCUCAAAUAUUCUCGCCCGCCCGGCCUCCCCUUUCCUCCAUCCUCAUCAACCAUUUCAUUCCUUCCUGACUUCCUCCUCCCGCACGCAGCGCAGCUUGCAACCCGCAACGAACCAAGGCCGCGCCGCGCGCGCCCUGCCGGCCGUCAGAGGGAAACCCAGCUCUAACUGAAGUGCCGGCUACAUAUACUGCUGUGCUAGCUAGCUAGCUAGCUACUCUUCUGGUCCUGAGCGCACGUACGCCAUGGCUCAGGAGGACGUCCACCUGGACGAUGCCGGCCUGGCGCUGGGCCUGUCCCUCGGCGGCGGCGGCGGCGGCGGAGCCUCCGCCGCGGCGCGCCACGGUACCAGCAGAAGCCGGCUGAGCACGGAGGCGCCGCGCACGCUGGAGCCGCCGUCGCUGACGCUGAGCAUGCCGGACGAAGCGACGGCGACCGCGACCGGCGGGUCCGGCGGCAGCGGCGGGGCCGCGCGCAGCGUGUCGUCGCGGUCAGUGGAGGGCGUGAAGCGGGAGCGCGUGGACGACGCCGAGGGCGAGCGGGCGUCGUCGACGGCCGCCGCGGCGCGGGCCGGCGCCGGCGCCGAGGACGACGACGACGGGAGCACGCGGAAGAAGCUGAGGCUGACCAAGGAGCAGUCCAAGCUCCUGGAGGACCGCUUCAAGGACCACAGCACCCUCAACCCGAAGCAGAAAAUCGCGUUGGCGAAGCAACUGAAGCUGAGGCCACGGCAGGUGGAGGUGUGGUUCCAAAACAGGCGAGCAAGGACGAAGCUGAAGCAGACGGAGGUGGACUGCGAGCUGCUGAAGCGCUGCUGCGAGUCGCUGAGCGAGGAGAACCGGCGGCUGCAGCGGGAGCUACAGGAGCUCCGCGCGCUCAAGCAGCUCGCCGGCCCGCACCCACAUCAGGCGCCGUCGUCGUCGCCCGCCGCCGCGACGCAGGGCGUGCCGGUGCCGGUGCCGGUGCCGCCGCCGUUGUACGUGCAGAUGCAGAUGCAGCUGCCGAUGCCGGCCGCCACGCUGAGCCUCUGCCCGUCCUGCGAGCGCCUGCGCGGCGGGCCCAAGGCCGAGCCCGACAGGCCCCAGGCAGCCACCCACCGCUUCUUCAACCCCUUCACCCACUCCGCCGCCUGCUGAAUGAUGAUUUUGCUUGCGCGCGCCUGCGCUGCAGCUGCGCACCAGCACGCGCAUCUACCUUGGCGUACGUGCGCGUGCAUGAUGCAUGAGCAAGCAACACGCAGCGGCGGCAGCGCGCGAACAGAUAGCGGCACCGCCCACCACCGUACCGCAGAUACUAGCUACCACGUACGUAGGUAUACACUCCUCCGACGAUCCAUCCACCUCGCGUACGUCACAAGUAACAUGUGAUCCUCCGAUCCUCUAGCUAUUUUAUUUCUUGAUCCGGAGGGGUUAAAGUUACUUGUCAGUGUUCCCAUCAGCUAAUCGAUCGAUCGAUCGAUCAAUCAUAGGCUUGAUAGGAGGAGGUAGUAGUCAAAAUAGCCGGUCCGUCCAUCCAUCCAUCCAUGUAUAUUUUUGCGCAUGCAUGCUGUAAUUCGGUCCCUCUCGAUCGGCCGGUCUACUUGCUCAUCAUCCCUCCCCUUCCCUUCUCGAUAGGAGUUCUACGUAGCUUCUUCAUUUGUCUUCUUUUUUUUUGGUCUUGUCUCACACAGACACAGGUUAGUAUAAUAAUAAUCGUCCGAGCGAGGGCAGUAGUUGAUUAAGUGGUAGUAUAUAUCGAUCUUAAGAUUGACCCCCUGUACACCUAUUAUUGGAUUGAGAUGCUUCUGGUGGUCUUCUGCUA